UUUAAUGAAUAUUGACUGCAACUUUCACUCUCUAAACUCGCAGCAAUCCCCAGUCGGAACAUAAUCUUUUGAAGUCAUUCUAAAAUUCAGCUGCCGGCAUCUUAAGAUCCUUUCAGUUCGUUUCACACUAGAAUAUUGCUCAAAAUUUAGUCCACCCGAACAUAAAGAUCAGUUUCAUUUCACAGUUUGUGAAGUAUGGUCGAUGCAGUGGUGUCAUUUGUGGUGCAAAAGCUUGGAGACUAUAUCAUUCAAGAAGCGGUAUUCUUAAAAGAAGUGAGAGAUGAAGUGCAGUUGCUAAAGAAUGAGCUGGAAUGGAUGCAAUGUUUCAUCAAGGAUGCCGCAGAAAAACAAGUUGAAGAUGCUAUGAUUCGUAAAUGGGUAUCUGAUAUCCAGGACAUUGCUUAUGAUACCGAAGAUGUCUUGGAUAAAUUUAUGCUCAAAAUGGAUCGAGGAGGGACUCCGAAUCAAAAGCUAUUGGCUCUCUUUGCUUUCACAAAAAAGAAGAUCCAUCUGUAUGGCAUAGGCAAGGAGAUUAAUUCGCUUCAAAAGAGAAUCAUCGAUCUAUCUCGUAAACGGGAAUUUUACCGCCUUGAGGAUAUUGGGAACAAGAGGGAAGGAAAGAACAAUAACCGUGGGAGAUUAAAAGAUCUGAGAAGAGUCAGUUCCUUUGUACCUGACGAGAAUAUUGUUGGCUUUGAGGAUGAUGCUAAAAUAUUGUUGGGUAAACUUCUUGAGUAUCAGCCACGACGUUUUGUUGUUUCCAUCUUUGGCAUGGGAGGUUUGGGCAAAACAACUCUUGCUAAAAACCUUUACCACAACAUUGAUGUCUUGAGUAAAUUCAAAUUUCGAGGUUGGGUGUCUGUCUCUCAAGAUUACAAAACUGAAGAUCUUCUCCGACGAAUUGUAAAAUCUUUUGAGAUCAAAAUUAAGGAAUAUGAAUUGGAUAAGAUGAACGAAGAGGAUCUGGCGAGGUGUCUUUAUAAAUCUUUACAAGGAUGCUCCUACUUGAUGGUGAUUGAUGAUGUAUGGCAGAAAGAAGCAUGGGAGAGUCUGAAACAAGCCUUUCCGGAUGACAGAAACGGAAGCAGAUUAAUAAUCACGACUCGCAUAAAAGAAGUAGCUGAGCGUUUGGAUGAGGGAAUUCACGUUCAUAAACUUCGGUUUCUUAGGCCGGAUGAGUCCUGGAAGCUAUUUUGUGAGAAAGCCUUUCGAAAAUCAAAUGCGAACGAAGAAUUGGGGAAGCUAGGAAGAGAAAUGGUUGAAAAAUGCGGCGGUCUACCACUUGCCAUUGUUGUAUUAGGUGGGCUUUUGUCUACAAAGAAACCACAGGAAUGGCGCUCAGUACGUGAUCGCAUUUGGAAACAUUUAAGGAAUGAUUCAAUUCACAUAUCUUCCUUAUUAACUUUAAGCUUCAAUGAGUUGCCUUAUCAAUUGAAGCUAUGCUUGCUUUAUCUAGGAAUUUUCCCUGAGGAUUCUGAAUUCUUUAUAGAGAAAGCAAUCCGAUUACUAGUGGCAGAAGGUUUUAUACAAGAAGAUGAUGAUCGAAUAAUGGAAGAAGUAGCGAAAAAUAACUUGGAUGAGUUAAUCAAUAGAAGCUUAAUUCAAAUAGGAAACAUACGUCGGGGGAGAGUGGAAACAUGUCGAAUCCAUGAUCUUUUGCGGGAUCUUGCAAUUCAGAAGGCAAAAGAGCUAAAUUUCUUUCAUAUCUACGAUGGAAUUCAUCAUCCAACUACAUCGGCAUCAUCUCGCCGACUUGUUUUUUAUUCUGAAACAAGCUCUUCAUUCCAACGUUGUAAUUCUCUCUCACGUUCCCUCUUGUUAUAUGAUCGAGAUUGGGGCUCGUUCAAUCAAAUUUCAGAAGCUAUUUGCACAAGACUCAGGUUGCUCAGAGUUCUUCAUGUUGAGAAUUAUGGAGGAGCAAUUGAUUGCAGUAGCUUGCCCAAUGAGAUAGGGCAGUUGGUCCACUUAAAGUAUUUGACGGUAAGGAUUACAAACUUAAGAAAUCUUCCACCAUCCAUUGGCAACUUACGUAGACUGCAGACUCUGGACUUAUUCACUUACAUUUGCCUCCUCAAGCUACCAAUUGGAAUUGGCAAAUUGCAAGAGUUGCGACAUCUGAUCGGAUAUUUUGAAGGGCCUUUGCCGAUAGACAAUUUGACAAAUCUUCAGACUCUAAAGUUCGUAAGCUAUGAAACGUGGAGUAGAGUUCAUCAUCCUGAAAAGCUGGUUAAUCUUCGAGAGCUGCACAUUCAUCAUUUAUACACAGAACAAGAAGCAUUCACAUUGGACUCCAUUGCCAACCUGAAAAACAUUAGAAUUUUAUCAGUUGAACUUUCCGGUGUCCAUUCUUUCACUUCACUGCAGCCACUUUCUCACUGUCCACGGCUCCAGAAUUUGACAUUGGAUGGGAAGAUAGGGGAACUACCGGCAGACAUGCACACAAUCUUGCCGAAUCUCGAAUCCUUAUCGUUAAGGAAUUCUGAUCUUGAGGAUGACCCGAUGCCUAAGUUAGAGAAGUUACCGAACCUGGUAAGUCUUGAAUUGCUCCAUCUUUCUUACCACGGAGAGAAAAUGAUCUGCAGGCAAAAGGGUUUUCCUCAGCUUGAAAGUUUAGAAAUUAUUGAACUGUUUGAAUUGGAGGAGUGGCAUAUAGAGGAAGGAGCUAUGCCUAUGCUUAAGAAUCUAAAGAUCAAGCCAAAGCAUCCGAAGCUGAUAAUUCCAGAAAGAUUGAUAUCAAUUUCAGCCCCAAUCCGGAGAUAUUUGAGUCGAUGCCAUAUUCGUUUCUGAUUUAAUACCAAUGCUUUGUUUUGAGUGUAUUUUUUCAUAUGAACUUGUCAUUUGGGUGUAACCUCUUUGCAUCACCAAUGAUAUUGGUUGUAUAUAUUAA